CCUGGGCCCGACCAUAGAGACGGGGGCGUUGCCAUGGGAACGGGCAGGAGGGCGGCUCGGCCGCGCCGCUGCUCCGGCCGCGAUCCGCUCCCGGGGUACUGCCGGAGCCACUGGGGCCGAGCCCGGGACAGCGAUGGGAUGGGUUCGGCUCCCUCCAGCCUUGGGUGCGGUGAAGGGAAGCGGAGUGCGGCCUAGUCCUCCACGCUCCCAGAAUGCCCCUGAGCGGCCGCUCUCUCCUCCCCGCCUCGCUGGUUGGGGCACAUGCUCGGUGCGUGGGGCCGGAGCGGUCUCGUCCCGGCCUCGUCAGCAGCCUGGGGCCUCCCGGUCCCCGCGGCACCCCCGGCAUGGCCCCCCCCACAGGCAGCGUCGUGGGCAGCCGCAGCCCCGGGCUGGCGGCGAACCGGCUGAGGUGGGACCUGACUGCCGAGCAGAUCGAGAGCAUGGCCGCGGAGCUGACCGAGCGGACCAAGCUGGUGUACGACCGAGUGGGCGCCCAGGAGCGGGGGGAGGUGUCCUAUGAGAACACCCUGAAGGCGCUGGCGGAUGUGGAGGUGGAGUACACAGUCCGUCGGAACAUGCUGGACUUCCCCCAGCACGUCUCUCCCUGCAAGGACAUCCGAGCAGCCAGCACUGAGGCUGACAAGAAGCUCUCUGAGUUCGAUGUGGAGAUGAGCAUGAGGCAGGAUGUGUACCAGAGGAUUGUCUGGCUCCAGGAGAAAGCAGAAAGUGCUUCCCUCAAGCCUGAAGCCAGGAGGUACCUGGAAAGGUUGAUCAAGCUGGGCAGAAGGAAUGGUCUGCACCUCCCUGAGGAGACACAGGAGCAAAUCAAAGCCAUCAAGAAGAAGCUGAGUGUGCUCUGCAUAGACUUCAACAAGAACCUCAACGAGGACACCACCUACCUGCCCUUCUCCAGGGAGGAGCUGGGGGGGCUCCCGGAGGACUUCCUCAACUCCCUGGAGAAGACAGAGGAUGGCAAACUGAAGGUCACCCUGAAGUACCCUCACUACUUCCCUCUGCUGAAGAAGUGCUACGUGCCUGAGACCAGGAGGAGGGUGGAGGAGAUGUUCAACUCCAGGUGCAAAGAGGAGAACUGCCUGAUCCUGAAGGAGCUGGUGGACCUGAGGGCUCAGAAGGCCAAGCUGCUGGGCUUCAGCACCCACGCAGACUUCGUGCUGGAGAUGAACAUGGCCAAGAGCAGCCAGGCUGUGGCCACCUUCCUGGAUGAGCUGGCCCAGAAGCUGAAGCCCCUUGGGGAGAAGGAGAGGGCUGUGAUCCUGGAGCUGAAGCAGCAGGAGUGUGAGAGGCGCGGGCUGGCCUUCGACGCGCGCAUCAACGCCUGGGACAUGCGCUACUACAUGAACCAGGUGGAGGAGACCAAGUACAGCGUGGACCAGAACCUGCUCAAGGAGUUCUUCCCCAUGCAGGUGGUCACCACAGGCCUCUUGGCCAUCUACCAGGAGCUGCUGGGGCUCAGCUUCCAGCUGGAGGAGAAGGCUGAGGUGUGGCACGAGGACGUGCAGCUCUACACCGUGAAGGACUCCUCCUCCGGGGAGGUCAUUGGGAAGUUCUACCUGGACCUCUACCCACGGGAAGGGAAGUAUGGGCAUGCUGCCUGCUUUGGCCUGCAGCCAGGCUGCCUCCUGCCCGACUCCAGCCGCCAGAUCUCAGUGGCUGCCAUGGUUGCCAACUUCACCAAGCCCACCCCAGAUGCCCCUUCCCUGCUGCAGCACGACGAGGUGGAGACCUACUUCCAUGAGUUUGGGCACGUCAUGCACCAGCUCUGCUCUCAGGCUGAGUUUGCCAUGUUCAGUGGCACCCACGUGGAGAGGGACUUUGUGGAGGCUCCUUCCCAGAUGCUGGAGAAUUGGGUGUGGGAGAAGGAGCCUCUGCUGAGGAUGUCUGGGCACUACAGGACUGGCAGCCCCAUCCCUGACCAGCUGCUGGAGAAGCUCAUCAAGUCCAGGCAGGCAAACACCGGACUCUUCAACCUGCGCCAGAUCGUCCUGGCCAAGGUGGACCAGGCCCUGCACACCCAGACCAAGGCUGACCCCGUGGAGGUGUUUGCCCAGCUCUGUGAGGAGGUGCUGGGGGUCCCUGCCACCCCAGGCACCAACAUGCCAGCCACCUUCGGGCACCUGGCGGGCGGCUACGACGCGCAGUACUAUGGCUACCUGUGGAGCGAGGUCUACUCCAUGGACAUGUUCCACACCCGCUUCAAGCAGGAGGGCAUCAUGAACUGCAAGGUGGGCAUGGACUACAGGCAGUGCAUCCUGCGCCCCGGGGGCUCCCUGGACGCCUCUGCCAUGCUGCGGCGGUUCCUGGGCCGGGACCCCCAGCAGGAUGCCUUCCUGGCCAGCAAGGGGCUGAGGGUGGAGAGCAACUCCCUGCCCUCGGCCUGCUGAGAAGCUGCUGCAGCCCUCCCCGAGCCCUGCCAGCUCCUUCGUCCCCGCUCCGGUCCCCCCGGGCCGGGCGCUGCUGUCCCCGGAGCGGCUCCUGCCCCCCGGGAUGCUGCUCCCGGCGCUGGGCUCCGCCGCGGGCUCUGCGCUGCCUGCUCGCACUGCGCCCCGGGGGCCGCAGCCGGUCCCUGCCCCAGGCUCAGUUACCAGCUGGGGGGGAGGGGGAGGGGAAGUCCCCAGGUCUCAGAUGCCCUCCUUGGAGGAAACGAGGCUCGGGGCUGGGCUUGUGCCCAGCUGGUGCCCAGCUUGUGCCCGGCUUGUGCCCGCAGACAGACAGCCUGAGGGGCUGCUGCCGUCAGGAGCUGCUCCCCCCCACCCCAGGGACCUGCUCCCCCCCCUGCGGAGCUGCUCUCCCUCCCCCUGGGACCUGCCUCCUACCCUGAGGAAUUCCUCUCUCCACCAGAGACCCCCCCCAGACCCUCCCCACUCUGAGGAGCUGCUCUGCCCUCCCCGGGAGCUGCUCCCCACCCCAGGGAUCUGCUCCCUCCAGCUCGGGAGCUGCUCCCUACCUUCCUUCCAGGGAUCUCCGAGGAUCUGCUCCCCCCCCGCAGGAGCUGCUCCCCCCCUGGCUGCCCCCGCGGGCAGCUGUGGCUGUGGAAUAAAGCUGGGCAGUGCCA